AAUAUCUUCACACAAACGAUUACAAGACACAAUAUUCAUUCAACACCACUCGCAAUGCUCAACAUGAAACUCUUCACUCUGCUUGCCGCCGCUCUGUUUGUUUUGGCGGGUUCUGCCGCUGUUGCUGUUGCUGAUGCUGAAGCGCCUUCGAAGUGCCAGCACUAUGGUGCCCCGCAUGCCGUCUCAACUGUCAUCGUCAACAUCGUGUCCACCACCACCAUCGCCUUCAUUCAGAUGUGCACCAAUGCCAGCACCCCGCCCCCUCCGCGCUCCGAGACCGUCUGGAACCCUCCCAAGCCAACGCCCAGGCCGUCCAUCACUGCUGUCUUGCUUCCUACGGUGUCUGUCGCGUCGUCGGGUGUUUCUGGCGCCCUCUCAAUUGCUACCCUCUCAGACUCGUCCACCAGGACUGAGUCCUCUGCCCCCGAGACCUCCGCAGCCCCUCCGUCCACCACCACCACGACGGCCCACCACCCUGUCCCCUCUACCGACGGAGCUGUGGCCAGCACCAUGGCCAACGGUGCCAUGGUGCUGGGAGCCGGUGCGUUGGCCUUUGCCAUCGCCGUUUGA